GAAAAAGGUAAAAAUUACACCCCCAAAACAAAAGAACGCCGAGAUGCGCCUGAAACUCUCGCUGGCUUUUUCUCUGGUGCUCGCCGCCUUGCUCGCCAGUGGGGUCGAAUCCGUCGAACCCGAAGAUGGAGCAUGCAUGCAGGUGAGCAUGGACCAGCCGGAGGUGACUGUGUCUUCAGGAGGGAUCGACCCCGCCAACCUCACGCCCGACGUCUGCAAGGACUUCUGCGCCAAGCUCGGGUUCGCGUACGCCACCGCCGACGAGGCUGCCUACUGCUGGUGCACCGAUGACGCGUCCUCCAUGACGACCCUUGACCCCAUCGAGUGCAACGCCCUCUGCCCCGACGGUCGCGCCUGCGGAGGAAUGGAGGCCGGGGUCAUGACGGUGUGGAUCACGUCCCUCUAUGACGGAGAUGUCAACUUUACCAUCAAUGCAGAUGACCUCGUCUUCAGUGUGGGCGAGACACCCAACGUGACCCUUUAUGCAACGGGUCCCUGGCGGUUGGACUGGGGCGACGGGGCCGGUCCUAUCCUGAACGGCACCGAACACACCUUCGCUUUAGCCGGCGAAUUCCUAGUCACAGCCUUCCUGGAGAAACUGCCUCACAUCAUGGACGGAAUCCCCGUGCGAGUGCUGGAGCCCCCGAACGCCACGCUGAUCUGCCCCCCUGUGGUGGCGGUGGGCGUGGAGGUGGACUGCGAAUUCGUCACCUCGUCCAUUGGCCAGAACGUGACCCUCAUCACCGAGUUCACGCACCCUGGGUACCAGCUCGCGACGUACAGCCUCCCAGCUGAUAUCCAGUCGAUCUACGGCUCGGUGCUGGGCCUGGAGACCCUUUCAAGCACGUACACGGUCGCUGCUUCAUACGGGAUGGUGCUGGAGGACCGACGCGUCAGUGCGGGCGAGGUGGCGAGAGUGCACGUUACGGCGUCGGCGGUGGGAUGGAUCGGGAUCUACGCUGUCUCUCCUGCGUGCGACGUCGGCGAGUACUGCUGGGAGAGCAACACCUGCAGUCCCUCCUGUGUCCUGGACUCCUCAGUACACACCUGCGCGGACUACAUGUGCGUGACCGGGCCGCGGUGUGAGGCAACUCCGUGCAGCACCAAUACAACCGCUCCUACACCCAACACCUACAAAUGGAGGCCUUUACUCGCCUUCUACGUGGACACCGUGGACACGCCCUUCACCUACCUCGUGGACAGAGACGCCCCCGCGGUCUACGAGGGCGAGCAGCUGGCCUUCGGCUGUCUGGACCCUGCGGACUGCUCGCUGGGGGGGGCGGUGGUGAAGAGUCGCAUAGAGCAAACACCGGAGAAGCACAACCGUGGAAUCUACGAUGGUUCACUCUCAUACGUAGCGUCUGUAAAUGUGAAUUCUACCGUUAAGCACCUGGUAGCGGUGGUGAUCCGCCAGCAUCCCCCGAUCAACGCCAACUUCACAGUCAAUUGCAUGAGCGCCUCGAGCAUCCCGACAGCUGACGUCGGCCCCACCUUCACGGCCGAGAGCGAGGCCUACGCUCUCACUGGGGCGUUCAGCCUUACCUUUUCGUUAUCAGCCGACCUCGGGCAGUGGACCAACACCUCCGAAAUCAUCUGUCAGGAGGAGAUCCUAACGCCCACGCUCCUGCCAGAGAUAUGGGUGGCCCUGUGGGAACCCAGAGUCCUUACGAUCACUUUCACGCAGGGCGCUCCGAUGUUCUCCAGUCUGAUCCUUGGGCCCAAUACUACUUAUAUAUAUACGGAGAACGCCACGGCCUACGUAUGGGAAGUCACUCUCCAGUACCAAGACUCGGGCGACUUCGAGCUCAUCGGCAACGCCUCGAAUCUCCUGGGUUGGGUCAACUACACGUCACUCGUUCACGUGAUUCCUCCCGUGAAGCAAGAGUGGACAGCGAACGCCUCCUGCCCUUGCUUUGCCAUAAACAUCGGGUUUAAUGUGACCAUCGACCUGCCAUCCUUGCCAUACCCGCCCUGGACGGCUAACAUCACCAUCACGUACGACUAUGGGACCCUUCAGCCUGCAACGUUCCUGGACUUCGGCACAUUGGCCGGACUGGGAGUGGCACAGGCUCUCACUUGGGACUUCCACUUGGUGUCGCUCGUGCCCGGCAACCACUCGCUCACUUUCUUCAUGGAGAACGAAGUGUCCAAUACCACCUUCACGACGUGGGUGCUUCUGGAGGAGGGCCUGGCCAACAUCUCGGCUUCAAUGGGGUGGGAUUUCGAGGGCACGAUCCUCCCGGGCCUCGGAGACGCAGGCAACUCUUUCUUGUCCAACGAGACGAUCGUCUUCACUCCCUCCUCACUCUCAGGUUCUGCAUACAAGUGGCGCCUGACGUUGCUACCGUCGGGAGAAAUCGUCUACGAGACCAGCCUCGGCAAUGAGACGCUACAGUACAUGUACACGGAGGAUGGCGACUACCAGGUGAUGGUGUCUGGCUACAACCCGGUGCAGGGAUGGAUCGACUCCGACCCCAUCAACAUCACCAUCCUCACGGAGAUUCAAGGCUUCGAACUCACGGAUGACGGGAAUGUGCUCGAGCCGAACGUGACAAAGAUCGUAAUGGCCUCGUUCCUAGUGCUGCCGCCGCUGUCCUGCCUGAUGGUGGACCUCGGCGACAACUCCUCGCAGGUCACCUUCGGGUAUGAGUCGAUGUGCAAGGAAAGAUACCCAGACUCGAUUUACAAGGAUGUAUUCAGCAAUCCUCUCCCUAUUGAUCACGUAUACAGCGACGAAGGCAUCUACAAGGUGCGGGGCAUCGCGUGGGACCCCCGCGUCACCCUCACCAUGGAGCUGCAGGUGGUGAUCGCCGACGUCCCCUGCAUGAUGCCCGAUGUCUCCGUCAUCGACAAGGUGCAGUUCCCGCAGUCGGCGCCGGACGUCUGGCGCUCCAUGGCCUUCCAGCGCUCCACCGUCGCCACGAUCAACUGUACGCGGACGGUGCCUGUCCUUAAAUGGUGGACGGUGACGAUGGUAGACAAGUUUACAGGCGAUCCACUCAAGGAUGUCUUGGUGGAGAACGUGAUUUCGUCAUGGAACUACUCUCAGAUCAACAUACCAGGUCUCUUCCUGGAGAUCGGUGUCUACAAACUCACGUACUAUUUGACCCUCGAGUGCUCCAAGAUCUUCCCUCUCACUAGGAGCGACUUUACCCACGUCGAGAUCAUCGCUUCCCCGCUCCAAGCAGUUAUCAUCAAGGGAUCAGUAAGCGCCAUUAGCCGCGGCACGCUUCAGUUCGCGUUGCUUGACCCUGGAGCGCUGUCCGUUGAUCCCGACGCCCCCACGGAUAAGGUGCUGAUUUCUCUGUAUUUACUCAAUUAG